AUGCCCUCUUGUGGAACUGCAAUGCCCUCGGGUGGAACAGCUAUGCCCUCGGGGGAAACUGAGAUGCCCUCAAGUGCAACUGUGAUGCCCUUGAGUGAAACUGCUAUGCCCUCGGGUGGAACUGCUAUGCCCUCGGGUGGAACUGCUAUGCCCUCAGGUGGAACUGCUAUGCCCUCAGGUGGAACUGCUAUGCCCUCAGGUGGAACUGUGAUGCCCUCGGGUGGAACUGUGAUGCCCUCGGGUGGAACUAAAGAAAAAGAGAGAGAAAGAGAAAAGAGCUCAUCCCUACAGGAUUUAUGUCAAGUACUCAACGGUAUUAAAGUAAAAGAAAUAGAAGAUUUCGACUUCUCUAAAUACAAGAGUAAACACUGGAGUGACUUUUUAAAGGCGGACAAGGCUAUCCUGAGGUUAACCGACAUGGAGUCAAAGCGGCGCGAUACGGUUUGGGAAUUAUUCAAAAGUGAAUGUGUGUAUCUGCUCGAUCAUCUUAUGGUCAUGAAAAACGUGUUCUUGGAGCCCUUAAAAGACACACAAUGUGAAGGUCACCUAAUGUUUAUAGAACCAUCAAAACUGUUCGGUAAUUUAGACGAACUUUGUCAGGUCAGUCUUUCUUUCUGUAAAAUACUUGAACAUGGGCUAUCACGUGCUUCUAGAGAUUCUGAGUUUGGAAAGACGGAAGCCAUUGUGUCUGUCUUUUACACGUUCCGUACUCGUGUGUGCCCGGCAUAUCAGCGCUAUUGCCUCAAUUACUCCAAUGCCUUGUCGUAUAUGGAGCGGCUCAGGAAACAGACCGACUUCUUGGAAUUUGUCAAGUGGUGUGAACAAGAUGUGCGAUGCAAAAGACUCCAAUUAUCUGACCUCUUGGUGGCGCCAAUACAGCAUAUAACAAAGUAUCCUCUAUUGUUAAAGAAUAUCCGCAAGAAAACGCAAGAUCAGACUGAGCGUGGAUCACUGUCUGCGACUAUACAAUCGGUGGAAAGUUGCCUUCGUGAAAUGGAAGGAAAGGUCAAAUGGCUAACAAAUUUUGAAAGACUUCGUGAAUUACAACAACUUAUUGCAUGGCCAUCAGUGGAUGAAAUGGAUUCCAAAAGUUUUAUUCCUGAAUUUUUGAGAAGCCGAUUAAAUAAACAAUCGUGCAAUACUAUCCUGACUAGUCCAAAGAGAACACUCCUACACGAAGGACCAAUGUUACUUAGUGCUGAAAAUGCGAAAUCCAUGGAGACGUACUUGUUUUUGCUUGACGACGUGCUGCUUGUCACGAAAAUGCGAAAGAUCUCUAAGAAAAAAUCAUCGAUCACGGGCGAAAUGGGUAUGAUGUCGAUGUCGUCCCAAUCCCUCCCUCACAAGAAAGAUGGCGUCCUUUUCACUGUUUGUAAGCAACCCAUAUCGGUGGAUCGAAUGGAAGUAAUUGAAGUAGAGCCACAAGACGCAAAUGGAUUAAAACAUGCGUUUGUCAUACUCCACAUCAAUCGAUAUCAACAAGUACAAACAGUUUUGACGUUUCAGGCAGGAAAUUCUAACCUUAGGAAUAAGUGGCUUACUCAUUUAAGGGCUGCCAAAUUACGGGUCAAUGAACUAGCGCGACACAAAGGAUCAGACAAUCCAGAAACGCAAGAAAAACGGAGUAGCAAAGGACGGAAGAAAACAUUGUAGUCACAUAAGACCAUUAGGACCCAUGAUGGACGGCACUUGUUGUGCGAAAUCCGAAACUUACUCGGAGGGUAUCAGUGUUACAGG